UCUUGCUCGGAAGACGAAUUUGUGGCCGAACGCCAUCGAGUCAUGCAAUCGCGCCUUGAACCUGUGAUGACUGAAGCUCUGGAGGCCCGUGGACGUACACAAGAGCAAAUGGACGACGCAUACCGUCGCAUUGUUUCCGCUGUCCUACUGUUCUCCGGACUCGGAUCCCCAACCAAUGUCGCUGUGGUUCGCGAGACGACUGCCGCUCUGCAAAGCAUCUUUCCUCAAUCGGACAUACUUUCGUUUCUGAAAUGUGGGACAGCGCAGAAACGAAACCAGAUUGAACAAUUCACGGGCAUUGUUACGGGCAUUCGCCUCUUCAACAAAGAAUGUCUGAAAGGUGGAGCUGGUAUAGAUGACAUUCCGCAGUUACUCGUCGAUGGCAUCCCCAAGACACUGGGCACCCUACACGACCAGUUGCUCAAAGCAAGAGAAGUUGCCGCAAGGAAUGCGAGCCUAUUCAUGAAACUGUCUGCACAUGACUCAUCCCCGGGGGCGCUCAGCUCGGCCAAUGCAACCAUUCUAGCAGCCGAACAAUCUGGAGUCACACCGGACUUAUUACGUGCCGUUGUGAUCAAUGCCCGCCAAUACGAGGCCUUUCUGGAGGUCCUCGAAAAGGAACUUAUUGAGAUGACGGCGAACGCGGAUCGGUUGUGCAAUAUCUUUAAAAGUCAAAUGAAGCAACUGCGUGAAUUAGUCUCCGAUCGUUCGGUGAUUCCCAGUAUGGAAGUCUAUCCACGUUUUCUCGAGCUGUCUGCGACUUGGUCGAAAAUGCAGGAUGAAUUGACACUUCUGUCCGUGCUCACUUCCACGUUGGACACGCUGCAAUCGUUCUUCGUCGGCCGACGUAUGAAAUGGACCAAGGAAAAAGAGAUACAUCUGAUCUCUGAUGCUGAAUUCAUGACUGAUGAUAAGGUCAGGCCGCACGGGCCGAUUGCGGAAGAGACACGGGGUUCAUUCACGUGGGUCUACCCGAACUCCGCCAGUAAUGCAACCAAUUUGUUGCCAGAACUUGAGGGCUUUUGUGUGUGGUCCCUGCUGAAACACCAAGGUCUACUGGUCAAAGGGGACAUGUCUCUGGGACUUCUGAUGACUCCUGAUGAGAAACGACUGUAUGCGUUCAGUUCACCCGAAGCGGUGCGCGAUUUCAUGGUCGUCUCGGAUCAACUUUUUAAAGCGCUUCCUACUGUUCUGCGACGCCAUCCUGAAUUGAUCCAGUUCCUCAAACUGGGGCAUAUAUUCACAACGGGAAUUCCCGGAGUGCAGGCGAACCUUCGGAAAAAAGCAACGAGCUCUGUGCAAACUAUCCUCAGUAACUGGCGACGGGAUAAUGCGACACAAGUGUAUUUGCUGAAAAAUUCGUCAACCACAACAAAAGAGGACGGAUACACCCAAGUUCCACGACCUUCUGUAUUCUACCACGGGCUACGCGGGUGUGGUGGAAUCGAUCAGGCCGUGAACGCCGACGCUGCGACUCGAGGAGAGAAGGACUGGUGCACGCUCUACCGACCAACCAACGCGACCACAGUAGAUCUCACAAUCCCCGUGGAGCAACAGCUCCUUGGAAGCCUACAUAAAGGAUGGAUACGAUGGCGGUGA